AUGGGUGCCCUUCAUGAAGGCCACUUAGCGCUGAUACGACAAGCCGCUCGCGACAAUCAUUGGGUGUACGUUUCGAUUUAUGUCAACCCCACUCAAUUUGGUGUAAACGAGGAUCUGGGCUCUUAUCCGCGGAAUUGGAAACAGGAUUUUUCCAUACUCCAAAGCCUGCAACAAGAGUUUCGCCGGCCGAGAUAUCAGGGGCGGAUUGGAGUAGUCUUCAUGCCAAAUUCGACAGAAAUGUAUCCUGGGUUACCACCGAGUUCCGAGCCUAAUGGUGAUGGGUCCUUUGUCACCAUCACUCCGCUUGCGAGAAGACUAGAGGGUGCGUCAAGGCCGGUGUUUUUCCGGGGUGUUGCUACAGUUGUCAUGAAACUUUUGAAUAUUGUCCGGCCUACAAGUGUAUAUUUUGGACAGAAGGACAUCCAACAAACAUUCGUCAUCAAGCGAAUGGUCAAAGACUUCCACAUGGACACUGAGGUCGUUGUGGGCCCCACAGUACGCGAGCCUGACGGUCUUGCUUUGAGCUCUAGAAACGUGUACCUUGGAGAGCGGAGACGAAAGGUAGCGCUAGUACUUUCCAAGGCGCUGAGAGCUGCGGAGACUGCCUUUGCCCAAGGCGCGAGAAAACGGCGAUACCUCUACGCUGCUGCUAAGGACGUCUUGGAAUCAGCCAAAAAACAGCAAGAUGCUCUGCCAUCUGAUCAGCGAGCAAGAUUUGAAAUCGAUUAUAUCUCUAUAGCUGAUACUGAGACACUGGACGAGCUAGAGGAGCUUGACUCUCGAAAAGGGGCGAUCGUCAGUGGAGCGAUCAAAAUGCUCCCAAUCCAGGAAGCGAGGCAAGGGGAGCAUCUCGGCCAAAAUGAGGACGCCACGACAGUACGCUUGAUUGAUAACAUCAGAUUAGACUUGCUGUCCGCGAAGCUUGGCUUCCUCAAACGAUGA